AUGAGUAAAAAAGAGAAUGUUUGGAAUUAACUUUUAUUUGAGAAAAGUAGAUAAGGUGGUUUUAUAAAUAAGAAUUUGUUGAUAUUAGGGAGAAAAUGUAGUGGAAAGAGAAGUUUAUUGGAUGCUUUAGCUGAGAUGACGAAAACUAAUAAGAGUAUAUAGAUUGAUAAUAAUUCUUAGAUGCGAUUCGGCAAAAAGGGAUUACACCAAUAAUAGAUUAUGCGUAUUUGAAUUUGAUAGACCUUCGUGAUCCAGAUUAUAACACGAAUGCUCGUUUGAAUGUUUAUAUAUUGGAGGAGCAGGGUUAGAAGUAUUUGCUACCUUAAAUUUUGAAUCACAAAAAUAUAAAGAAUACAUUUGUAAUAAUAGCUCUUGACAUGUAAGAGCCUUGGACAUUUAUGGAGGAUUUAGAUAGAUGGAUAAGUGUGUUGUAGGAUAUGAUGGCUGAAUUACGAUUGAGUCUAAAUGAAUUGGAGGAGAUGAAAUAAAAUGGUAUAUAUAAUUUAAAUGUAAUUUAAGUGAUGUAAUAUAUGUCAUAAAUGGAUGGAGGUUAGAUACAUGAAGGUUUGUUGAAGACAAAUUUAGGAGUACCAUUGAUGGUGAUGGUGAAUAAAUCAGACAUAUUGGAGAGGGAUGAUAAAGGAAAGGAUUGGGAUUAGAAAGCUGAGAUAAUAUAAUUUAGUUUACGUUAAUUUUGUGUGAAUUGUAAGAGUUUAGAUAGAUAUAAUAAGAUGGAGCAACAUUACUAUUAAGUUCUGUAAAACAAAAGAUCAACAUAAAGGUGAUGUAUGAAUAUGUGUUGCAUCGUUUGUAUGAUAUGCCAUUUGAGACAUCAUAACAUAAAAAUUUAUCAGAUUUUGAAAGUCUUUUUAUUCCAUUGGGUUAAGAUGAUAUAAAUAUAAUAAAGAGUACAUUUACAAAGUUGGCAAAUAGUGUAAUAAAAUAUGAGGAGAGUAUUCCAAUGGUGUAAUUAAAGAAAGUAAAUAGGAGAAUAAUAAUUAUAUAUAGAAUAUAGUUAAAGAGGAAUUGACAGUUGAAGACGAUUAAGACUUUUUUACUAAAUUAAAAGAGAAGUCAUCUUAAGCACCUGCAACAAGACCAAUUCUACCGAUAUAGAGAUCAGUUGAAUAAUCAACUUAACAAUAACCAGUUCCUACUGAUUAACCAAUAUCUGCUAGAGGUUCUUAAUAGAGUUAAUAACUUAAAGAGUUCUAUGAUAAAAUCCUGACAGGAAGGACUGAUGUAAAUGUUAUAUAAGAAAAAUUAGUAAUAGGUUGAUCCAAUACAAUAAGCCUAAUAAUAAUUAUAAGAGAGAAUGAGAUAAUUAACUGUUACAGAUGUUUAAACUACAAAUUCAUCAGUAAGAUAGCCACCAUUAUUCAAUUAAUAAGAUUAAUAGAGAUUAUAAAGGAUUUUACCACCAAGAAAAUGAUUUAAUUCCCAUAUUCUAUAUAAAGCUAAAUAAUACCAUAC